AUGAAGUCACGAAAGCAGCGGUCAACACAAGUGAGAGGGGAACCAGCACCGCCAGCAAAGAUGUACAUUUUGUCGCUGCCGGCCGAGUUGCUGCUAUCCAUCCUAUGGAGCGACCGACUUGACCAAUACGACGUCCAAGCCCUGAGACUCAGCUGCCGUGCCCUCGCCCCGGUCGCCGCCAGCCGGCUCUUCUUCCGCAUCUACAUAUCCAAACUCAUUGCCGACCGCGACGCGUUUCUCGCAAUUUGCAACAGUCCUCACCUAGUUCAGCACAUUUGCUACGCCCUCGGUGACUUUGGCAACAAAAACAAAACUAUCGCCAAGAUAUACCUUGAGGACGGCAAGGAACUAGGCGUCCUCGACGGUCUACAUCAGCACAUGGAAACUGCAUCUACAUCCCUGUUCUGGCUAUUCAACACCCCCGCAGAUCCCUCGCGGGAUGGUGUCGACUAUGAUGUGAUUGCCGCUACGCGGGAAAAUACUAUUGCCUCGUUCCGUCCCAUUUUCGAAGCAGCUGUCGACAAUCUGCCCAACCUACAGACUUUUGUCUCACGUCCCAUGACCUUGCAAAGGACUUUGUCCGAUCUGGAGUAUCCCAUCAGCGCUUGUCACCUUCAAAUCCUCCAAAAUGAGACUGAGGAGAACCCCGAAACAAAUGAUGGGCUUUUUCUCUUCCUCCUCCCCGUCAUGGGUAGAUCGGCAUCGGCCGUGGCAAACCUGCGCUGGUAUGACGAGUUCCCCAGCUGUACCUUUUCCCGCCCGUUCCCGGACUCGGCAUUCAAAGGCCUGGAAUCACUCGAGAUAAUCAUGAUGGAGUGGAUGAGGAGGGGUUUUCCCGGCGAUGCGUUGGCGGGACUAGAAACGGCACUGUUGAAUGCAGCGCCAAGCCUACGUCAGUUCAAGCUUAGCAUGGACGUCGACUCAACGUCAGUCGAACACUAUUCUCAAGCCUGGACUCUUGGAGGCACCAUGCUCAAGUGGCUCGGCAACGGUCAAUUCGCUCUGCGGUCCUUGAGCCUGUCCUCCAUGAUUCCCUCACCAGGCCCCUUGCCGCAACUCAUCAAGGCUAACGCCACCUCGCUGCGCCAUCUCUGCCUCGAUAACAUCCCUGUCUCUUCGCAACAGAUACGAGACAUAACUCAAAUCCAGGGGCUCCAGUUAGAGUCUAUACAGAUAAUUCAUAAUGAAGAGGUGGCGUAUGGCGAAACCUCUCUGUUGGGGGACGUCUACGAUGACACCGGUGAUGGUGUCUCAGAGGUCGGGGACGAAACCCUACUAAACCCCGAAUCGUCAGGGUCUGGCAAUGACUUGCUUAGGACAGAGUUUGUCACGGAAGCUGCUCUGCUCCGAUAUUUGCGAGGCCAAGCACCUGUCAACGACGAUGACCGGCGGGUACACGAUGCGGUCAAUUCCUACAACCGCGUCUUCAUCUCCACACACACGAGAAGCGAAGACUACUGCGGCGCGAGCGAGAGAAGCUCGGAGGAUGACAGCGUCGAACACCGCCGGAGCACUGCGCCAAGAUGGGCAUGGGGACGAUACUUUCACGUCCCCGGCCACAAAAUCCGUGGCUUGGUAUUUGCUUUCCCGGUCCCUGAGGGAGGAACGGUUCGUGGACAUAAAACGGAACGGUGGAGUUUUAUAUCUCGCGACGGCCGGGUGGCAUACGGGGAUGACCCUUGGGAAUGGUUUGAGGACUGGGAUCCUGACGCUGGGGACCGAGAGGAGCCGCUGCCGUACUGCGCGGCCCUCGAGGAGUUUGCCAACUUGAAAGCCGACGCCGAAGGUUUGAGUCCGGAAGAGUACCUGGGAGAGCGUUCGGAGGCGCGGGGGUUGCGGCCACCCGAGGGGGCAAUUCAGUAUAACAGUAUUGACAAUCAGGAGAGCAAGACGCAUCAAAGACUGCGAUGA